GUCCCAUAGCAAUGCUGAAAAAAUUACUUAACAGGGGAGCGAUUUUUAAAAUGCAAUUCCUAUCUUUGAAAUGAAGAAGGUAUGCACAUUAUAAGUGAAUGGAUUUUCCACUACAGUACGUUCCCCCCCCCAAAAUAAAGACCCAAAAAAAAAUACAUAUAUAUAUGUAUGUAUAUAUACAAAACAAAGUAAAGCACGUUUGCCUUCCCCAUUUUUGCGAGGAGAAUUACUUCCCUUACGUGCGUCCAUCUCCUUCCCCGUCUCGCGCAACACCGCUAACAAUACCGUUGGAGUACCAAAAAAAUGAUUAAAAAUGAAUAAAAAUGAGGUGAACAACUUUUUAUGCCAAUUUGACUUCUCCGCCCUGGAGGAGUUAGACCCAUCAUUAGCGGACGGCUACACCGCUUGCUACAGAAAAGAAGUCCCAUUCGAGAUAAAGGUGGAACAGGCGAACAACGUGCCGCAGGAAAUAGGCUCACUAGAAGUUAUAACGGUGAAACUUUUGGCGUUGGGGGACGAAUCAAAUGCCAAGCGCAUCAAGAUAGAGCUAACCUGCGAAGCGGAUCUGUUUUUUCACUUUACGCAAACAGUAGACGAACGCUCGUUUGAAGCCAUGCAGGCCAGCCAAAAACUUAUGAUUAAUUUUUCCGAAUAUUUGGAAAACGUCGAAUAUAAGUUCAUCGAACUACUGGUGUGCGAGCUUGUCCAGUCCUCCGAGGAAACCAUAAAGGAGAGCAUUUCCUACAGGUACAAUGCCAUCAAGUCGAAAAAUUCCAUAAUGUACAAAAGGUUGCAAGACAUAAAUCUGUUAAUCAAGUCGAAAAACCCGUCCCUCCUAAUGCAACUCCAAAAAACGGUAAGCAAACAAAUGGAACUUAGGAAGAACAGACACUGCACCAGAAGCAUAUAUAACUCGAGUUGA